UAUAAAACAGAGGCAAGGAUCAAUCUAAGAGCAGAACAUUUACAGCAGAGCCUGAAAUAACUUCACGUGCUUUGCUGAGGACCUAUAGAAGUGACAAGGGGAAGUGAGGAUGGAGGCAGGGAUGAACGUCCUCCAUGAUUUUGGGAUCCAAUCGACCCACUACCUCCAAGUAAAUUAUAAGGACUCCAAAGACUGGUUCAUCUUGGUCUCAAUGCUUGCAGAUCUCAGGAAUGCCUUCUAUGUCCUCUUUCCCAUUUGGUUCCACGUUCAAGAGGCUGUAGGCAUCAAACUCCUCUGGGUGGCUGUGAUUGGAGAUUGGCUUAAUUUGGUUUUUAAGUGGAUUCUUUUUGGACAGCGUCCAUACUGGUGGGUAUUAGACACUGACUACUACAUAAACACAUCUGUGCCUGUAAUAAAGCAGUUCCCCAUCACCUGUGAGACUGGACCAGGUAGUCCUUCGGGCCAUGCCAUGGGUGCAGCAGGUGUAUACUAUGUAAUUGUUACAUCCAUCCUCUCCCUUACUCGUGGAAAGAAGAAGCCAACUCUCAGAUUCCGGUGCCUGCACGUGCUUCUGUGGUUGGUGUUCUGGGUUGUGCAACUCAACGUCUGUCUGUCCCGAAUCUAUCUCGCAGCCCAUUUCCCUCAUCAGGUUGUUGCUGGAGUCCUCUCAGGUAUUGCUGUUGCCGAAACGUUCCGACACAUCCAGAGCAUCUACAACGCCAGUCUCAAGAAGUAUGCCGUGAUCACCUUCUUCCUAUUUAGCUUUGCUAUUGGAUUUUACCUGAUGCUGAAGGGGAUGGGUAUUGACCUCCUAUGGACCCUCGAGAAAGCCAAGAAGCGGUGUGAGCGGCCAGAAUGGGUCCAUAUUGACACCACCCCCUUUGCCAGUCUGCUCAAAAACCUUGGGACCCUCUUUGGUCUGGGUGUGGCCCUCAACUCCAGUAUGUAUAAAGAAAGUUGCAGAUGGAAACAGAAAAAGCAGCUCUCCUUCCGCCUGUGCUGCAUUGUGGCCUCGCUGGUCAUCUUGCAUCUUUUUGAUGCUUUCAAACCCCCAUCCCAGGUGGAGAUGCUUUUCUACGCUCUGUCUUUUUGCAAGAGUGCGGCCGUGCCUCUGACAUCGGUUAGCCUUAUCCCUUACUGCUUCUCCCGGAUCCUGGACCAGUCGGAGAAGAAAUUUUUAUAGUGGACCUGGAAACUUGAAUAUUCGGUAUAAAUGAAUUGUGCUACCUGGGGGUAAGUGGUGCUCUGACAGCCUAUGGUGUGGCCAACAGGUCCAGGAGUCAGACCACUGGCUCUCAUCUCAUUAGAAAUCUCAGUCCUUUUGUGUGAUGAUUCUUUGAGAACUAGUGAGGCUUCUGAGCAACCUGCAGCAUUCCAGAGAAGUUCUCUGAUUACAAAGAGACUGUUAGCCCUGGACUCUCUCAUGAAGGCAUGUCACUUUUAUUCUGUCUAAUCCACGGUAGCAGAACUUCCAGAUGAGACAGGCCUCACCAAUCUCUAGUACCAGAGUUUAGGUUGGGAAUCUCACUUGUGAAUUUUUCCAGGCCGUGUCUACUCAUGCUGAGAAAAGGAGGAAGGAGCAGGAUAGUGGGGAAAGAAGUAGAGAUGUAGGAGAAUUUCUGAGGAUUCCACAUGUCAUAUAAAAAAAUCAUAUGAUAAAUAUUACCUGAAUGGCACCAAUUAGUUUGAAUUAUCUAAGAGAAGGCAAUUUCCCCACUGGGGACCAGCUUGCAAGAAUGAUACAUAGGCAGCAAGAUAGGUAAUUGUUCUUAUCUUUUUCUUGAAUGGACAUAUGGUCAACAUACAACUACCAGUGUUUUCAAGUGGCUGAGAUGAGCUAGAUACCCUACUUGGGUCAGGAUAUUCAGCCACAUUUUGUUUGUCCUUGACUACACCUGAUAAUAUUAUUAUUUUUUAAAAUGUUCUAUUGAUACUUUUUAAAAAAUAUCUAGGUCACUUUCUAAUGACCCCUC